AUGCAAGCGCCAGUUGUUUAUAUGAAUACAUCUACGGAAAGGCAGACGGGUCGACAAGCCCAGAUCGCCAAUAUUACUGCAGCAAAGGCAGUGGCAGAUAUAAUCCGUACUUGUUUGGGGCCCAAGGCAAUGUUGAAGAUGUUGUUAGAUCCUAUGGGAGGAAUAGUUUUAACAAAUGAUGGUCAUGCAAUCUUGAGAGAGAUUGAUGUAUCGCAUCCAGCAGCGAAGUCCAUGAUUGAGUUGAGUAGGACUCAGGACGAAGAAGUUGGCGAUGGAACUACGACGGUAAUUAUAUUAGCAGGAGAAAUAUUAGCCCAGACUUUUCCUUACAUCGAGAAAAACAUACACCCUGUUAUAAUUAUUCAGGCUUUAAAGCAAGCUUUAAGUGACGCAUUGGAAUUUAUUCAUGAGGUUUCCGUUGAAGUCAACAUUCAUAAUGAUGAGGCAAUGAUAAAGCUCAUCAAAGCUUCUAUUGGAACUAAAUACAUAAGAAAAUGGUCUGAAAAGAUGUGUGAGUUGUCUUUAAGAGCAGUUAGAACCGUCUAUAUUGAAGAAGGUGAUUAUAAAGAAAUCGAUGUCAAGAGAUACGUUAGAAUUGAGAAAAUACCCGGUGGUGAUGUCACUGACAGUGAGGUUUUAGAUGGUAUCUUAUUGAACAAGGAUGUAACGCACCCAAAAAUGAAGAGAUAUAUCGAAAAUCCACGAAUCAUAUUAUUGGACUGCCCCUUAGAAUACAAGAAGGGAGAAUCACAAACAAAUAUCGAGAUAACCAAAGAAGAGGACUGGAAUAGAAUUUUGCAAAUUGAAGAGGAACAGGUUAAACAGCUUUGCGACCACCUUUUGGAAUUUAAACCUGAUUUGGUGAUAACUGAGAAGGGUGUAAGUGACUUGGCUCAGCACUACCUUUUGAAAGGUGGAGUAACUGCUUUGAGAAGAGUCAAGAAGUCUGACGACAACAGAAUUGCCCGUGCCACAGGUGCUACUAUCGUGAACAGAAUCGAAGAUUUGAAAGAAUCAGACGUUGGUACCAAGUGUGGCCUUUUCAAGGUUGAAUUAAUUGGUGAUGAAUACUUCACUUAUUUGGUCAAGUGCAAGGAACCUCAUGCAUGCACAGUAGUUUUGAGGGGAGCUUCAAAGGACAUACUUAACGAAAUUGAGAGGAACUUGCAUGAUGCAAUGGCUGUUACCAGAAAUGUAAUGUUUGAACCUUCUCUUUCACCUGGAGGUGGAGCAACAGAGAUGGCUGUUAGUGUCAAGCUAGCUGAAAAAGCAAAAACUAUCGAGGGUGUUGCGCAAUGGCCCUACCAAGCGGUAGCAGAUGCUUUUGAAGUCAUUCCAAGGACAUUAAUUCAAAACUGCGGUGGAAAUCCCAUCAGAGUUCUUUCUCAGCUCAGAGCGAAGCAUGCAAAAGGUGAACACACCUUCGGUAUUGAUGGUGAUCUUGGAAAGAUUGUUGAUAUGAAUGAGUAUGGUAUUUGGGAGCCGGAAGUCAUUAAACAACAAUCUAUUAAAACCAGUAUUGAAAGUGCCUGUCUAUUAUUAAGAGUCGAUGACAUUGUGAGUGGUGUGCGUCAACAACAAUAA